CAUUUAAUAACCUUUAUAUCAUUUGGUACCCUGAGUAAAAUGUUUGAAGACUACUUCUCUAUUCAGAUUUUCUUCAUCAUAUUCAGAGAAACUCUUGAAACGGCCAUUAUCGUUUCGGUUCUUCUUGCCUUUAUCCAUCAAAGAUUCGGUGAAGAUGUUCCUGAGACUUCCAUUAAGGUGACCAAGGCUCGUGAAGAUAUGCGUAAAAAGCUCAGCUUUCAAGUAUGGAUGGGUGCUGUUAUGGGUCUAGUUGUUUGUGUCUUGAUAGGUGCGGUAUUUGUAUUGUCUUUCUAUAUUAUUGGUAAAGAUUUUUGGUCCUACACUGAGAGGGUCUGGGAAGGGGUCUUUUCACUUCUUUCAAGCAUUAUCAUCACUGUCAUGGGCAUUGGUCUCUUGAGAAUUAAUAAGGUGAUGAAAGUUAAGUGGUGGGUCAAGCUUGGUGAUGCCUAUAAUGAAGGUGAAGGUGUAGAUGGAGAUGUUGAUCAAGCCACUUUAUUGGGAGCUGAAGAUUCCAAUGGUGUUGCAGACAUUGCUAAUGCCAAUGAAUCAUCAAAGAAGAAGGCUCCACUCUCGAAAAGAUACUUUCUUGCUAUUCUCCCGUUUGUAACCACCCUCAGAGAAGGGUUGGAAGCCGUGGUCUUUGUAGGAGGUAUUGGAAUGUCCCAACCUCCAAGUUCACUUCCAAUUUCCAUUCUUGGUGGGAUUACCAUGGGUGCAAUCGUGGGUUAUGUAUUAUACCGCGGAGGUAACCAUAUGUCACUCCAAUACUUUCUCAUCUUCCUGACUUGUUUCCUCUACAUGGUUAGUGCAGGUCUCAUGAGUCGUGGUGUGUGGUUUUUGGAGCUUGAAUCGUAUGUUCGUAAGUGUGGAGGGCUCGAUGUAUCCGAGACAGGUAGUGGACCUGGCUCUUACGAUAUCAGCAAGUCGGUGUGGCAUGUUAAUUGUUGUAAUGGGCUUACUGAUGGUUGGUGGAUGGUUUUCAAUGCUAUCUUUGGCUGGACUAAUCUGGCCACAUAUGGUAGUGUUGGAUCAUAUUGUGCUUACUGGAUUUUGGUAAUUACCUGGUUAGAAGCUAAAUUAUAUGAAGAAAGAGAGGGUUACUUACCAUUUAUCCCAGUAAAAUGGCAAUUAAAAAGAAUAAGAAAAAGAGUAAUGUUGUUUGAAGCCAGAAAUGGCGAAGCACGUACAUCUUAUGAAAGAAUAGAGGGUAGCGAGAGAGGUGAUAGCAUUGAUCAAAGCAUAGAAGAAGAGAGAGGUUUGUUAACAUGAUAAGAGAUAUACUUGCACA